CGUUGCUUGAAUCCAACUCCCACCAUUGGGCCGUGGCCGCCGUCGUGCUCGACGCCGACGAAGAAAUAGAAGACCUGAAGCCACCAUAGUCCCCUCCCCCCACGAUGAGCGGCGGCGCCCCGCGUCCAGCCGUGCCCGCUGGCAUGAGAUCGUUCCAAAAGCUCUACAGCGCGGCCCUUACCCCCCGCUCCCGGGUCCGCUCAAACUCGCUCUACACGUCGGCGGGCCAUACCCCAUAUCCCUCUGGCUUUCCCCCGGGGUACUACGCUCCUUAUCCCCCCAGCAGUAGCAACGGCGCUGGCGGAUCCGGCGGAGGUGGCGCCUACACCAACGGCUCCUCCUUCUUCGAUUCACCCCCUCCGCCGGCGCCGCGCAUCUCGACGAGCCGGCUGAAGGGCGAGUCACAGACCUCGCACUCUUCGCACGGCCAGUCGUCACAGUCGACGCAAUCGUCGCAGGCGUCUCACCAGCAUGCGCCGUACUCCUUGGCUCUAACGUCACCGCACAAUCAGCACGGCACGCAUACGCUACUUCCGACUGCGAACUCGCUCAGUAGCUCAUAUGCGGCCUCCUAUGACCCCACGUCCUGCUCAUUACAAGGCGGACACCCGGAUGAGGCCGAGUUCGUAACUGGACGGAGACGAAGGCGAAAGGGUCACAAGUAUCAUUUCGAUCUGGCCGCAUACGGCAUGCCCAAACGACGCUGUGGAUCGAGCAGUCCUCGCGAUGGGUACCUCCGACCCAGCGGGGAGCCGUAUACCGACUUGUCAGUCCAGGUCGGCGAGGACGCGUACUUUCUUCGCGACAACGCAAUGGGAGUUGCUGACGGCGUUGGCGGGUGGGCUCGGGUGAAAGACCUGCCACCCCUACCGCCGUCCUCGCCAACGCCGAGUGCCUUAUUCUCCCGCCGCUUGAUGCACUUCUGCUCCGACGAAAUUGCGCAUACACUUGCCGGGCGCAACGAGGACGUGUCCGACAAGUCUUCGCGCUCACCUUCAGUCAUCGCCCCGGAACCGUCACAUCCUAAACCCACUCCCCUGCUCUCACGCGCGACGUCACCAUAUUCCUGGCCCUGGAAGGACACGCACGCGCACACACCCUCGCCUCUCCGCUUCGAAGUGAACGGCGAAAUGGCGGAGUCAGCGACGACACGUCAGGAUGCUGCUACAGCCCCCGAUAUCCGCGUGGACGAUUCAUAUCGGGAUCCCGAGCGCGAUGAUAACGAGGCGCUCUCGGAUUCGGAGGGGUCCGAGUAUGACGAGGAGCUGGAGGAUGCGCUGGAUGUGCUACAGAUCCUGCAGAGGGCAUAUGAUAACACGCUGAGGGAGCACGUUGUCACGGUGCCCGCGACGGGUGCGCCAGCGGGGCCGGAAGCAGGUGUUUCUGCGUCGGCGGAGCAGGCGGGCGAGGAGCCAGCGAAGGAGCCGGAGCGAAUACCACUGCUAUCGGGCUCAUCGACGGCGCUUAUCGCGGUGCUGGAGCAGUUGCCCGCGCCGCCGUCAGCCUCCGCACCAUCUGCGACAGGAUGGUCGUCUCGGGCGCCAUCUGCGGCACCGUCCCGCGAUUCGAGCCGGGUGCGAUCGCCCUCGAUCAUGCGCGAGCUGUCGAAGACGGCCGAUGUCGCUGAGGCUCGCGACAGGCGGCAGAGCACGUCUGUUCUCGAUCACCUUCCUGCGUGGACGUCGAUGCAUGAAGACGCUGAAGAUGCCCACCUGCGCUCAGUGGCGGGUCGCGAGCCAGUCGCGACAGUCAAGAUUGCGCAUGUGGGUGACUGUAUGGGUAUGCUGAUCCGCGAGGACGAGAUCGUGUGGCGGACGGAGGAGAUGUGGUGGAAUUACAAUACACCCGUCCAGCUUCGCCCUCAGCACUCCGAGCUGGUCGCUAUUCCUACCGAUCCGUCUCAGCCUGCGACGCCUGCGCCCUCGACCAAGCCGGGCUCGGACAACGAUGCGCCGCCCACUCCCGCACAAGUCUUCGAGGUCCCCGUGCAAGAGGACGAUAUCCUGAUCCUCGCCAGCGAUGGGCUCAGCGACAAUCUUUGGGACGAGGAUGUACUGGAGGAGGUCGCGCGCUGGCGGGCUUUUGCGCAGGGCUCUGAUGCUUCGGGGUCGCUUCCGCGCGACUCUUCGUCGUCGCGCGAUGCCUCCAAUUUGCGCCGCCGGACGCUCGCGGGCAUGCUGAGCGAGGCGCUGUGCCAGCGCGCGCGGCGUGUCAGUGAGAUGAGGGCAGGUGGACGGGGGCUGCAUGUGAUUGGGGCUGAAGGGGAGACGCGCGAGAAGAAAGAGGAGAUGGAGACGCCGUUCUCGAGGCGGGCGAGGGAGCAGCGGAAGCCGUUUGCGGGUGGGCUGGGGAAGAGGGAUGAUAUCUCGGUGAUCGUCGCUGUCAUCUCGCGCUCGCACCGUCGGGGGCGGGCAGCGAAGCCGCAGGCGCGGGGCCGGUCCGCGGAUGUGAGGCAGGGGUUGGCGCCGUAGGUGUCGUCGACCUGUGUAAAGUGACCUAUUUAUGCAAGCAAUCCUAACCAAACUACCUGUACUCAUACUCUUCCUCCGUCUUCCUCGACCAAAUCUUACCUCAACACUAUCGACAUCUCUUUCUCGACUAUAUCGCACGUCUUACCUCUCUCCUCGCAUAGCCUAGUCCCGCCUCCUACACAUCGAGUGCUUAGUAUCUAUGAGUAGUUCCCUGUAGCCAUCGUCUCGAGCGUUGCUCUUUAGAGCAUCGUGUCGUGCGAUGCUCACUUGAGCAUCGUGAAUAGUCCCCCGUAGCAUCGCGCCGAAUUUCAGUUUUUGGACGAUCAUCUUGGAUAGUAGAUGGAUGGAGGAUGUAUAUGUUGCCCUUGACCUUGUACAGUAGAUGACCUGCUAGAUGAUUAUGAGUGUGCUGAGCUGAG